AAAAAAUGGGCAUCUUUUUGGAUUGCUUGCAGAAUAACAUCUGGGGUAUAAGAAUGGGGAAACUGAAGAGAACCUAAUACUAUAGGAGAACUCCUCAUCCAUCAAGAAGAUAUCCUGAAGGCUGAAGAUUAAUUGGAAGGAAUAGGUAGCAAAUUUAAUAAGUUGGGCUUCUAGGCCAAAAGGAUUCCAUUUGAUGAUGGCCAGAAAAAUGCUUGCGAAAGGUGAUUAAGGAAAAAAGGGAAAAGAGAAAGCUUUUUUUUUUUUUAGAGAACUACACUGUCCAAUGAAAUGAGAAUGGGCCUGUGAUUCUAAAGGGGGACUACUAUUUUAGGAAGUGAACUUACAAAAACAUAUUUGAAAGUUCCAAGGAAAAGGAAUCAUUGACAACAUCAUGAAGAAAAAGGAAAGGGAAAAGAAUCAAGAAAACAGCAGAUGUGAGUGCCCCAGUCAACAGUGGAAGGGGGUACAAGGAAAUCACAGAGAAGUCUGUUCUGAUGUCCCCAGAAGCAAGCCGACCCCCUCCGGGCUCUGGGAAUACUACAAAGCAAUAUGAAACCUGUUCAUGAGAGGAGUCAGGAAUGCCUUCCACCAAAGAAACGAGACCUCCCUGUGACCAGCGAGGAUAUGGGGAGGACCACCAGCUGCUCAACCAACCACACACCCUCUAGUGAUUCCUCUGAUUGGUGUCGGGGGGUAGUGGUGACUGGGCAGGCACAGGCAGGAGUAAGACAGAGUGUUGGUAGUGAUGGAGUGGAGGCCAUUACUGGUCUGACAGUGGACCAAUAUGGUAUGCUGUACAAGGUGGCCAUGCCACCAGCCACAUUUUCCUCCACCGGCCUCCAUCCUGUGGUGAACAUGAGCCCCCUGCCCUCUGCCUUCAAUGUAGCAUCGUCACUGAUUCAGCAUCCAGGAAUCCACUAUCCCCCCAUCCAUUAUGCUCAGCUUCCCCCAACUUCUCUGCAGUUUAUUGGAUCUCCUUACACUAUGCCCUAUGCUAUGCCUCCCAAUUUUCUCCCUAGUCCUCUGCUCUCACCUUCUGCCAACCUCACAACCUCUCAUGUUCCUCACUUUGUGCCAUAUGCCUCACUCUUGGCAGAAGGGGCUACUCCUCCCCCCCAGACCACAUCUCCAGUCCAUUCUUUCAACAAAGUCCCUCCUGCCACUUCUCCACCAAGUCAACUGCAGCAUCACUCAGGCACUCAGCCAGUGGACCUCACCCCAGGCCGAGUGCCUAUUUACUAUCAGAUGUCUCGGCUUCCCACUGGGUAUACGACACAUGAAAUCCCUUCAACAAGGGCAAGCCCAGAUGCUACCCCUGUACUGCAUGAGGUCCAGUCUGUUCCAGAUGUAACUGCUUCCAAUGGAGGACAGAGACAAAUGGAACGGUGCCUGGUAAGACGAGAAAGUGAAGCCAUGGACCCCUCCAGCAACAAGGAUAACAGCCAGGGACUAGGACCAGUAGUAGAAUGUGUGAUGGAUGGACAGUUGUUUUCAGGUUCUCAGACCCCACGGAUGGAGGUGGCACUGCCGGCACAUCGAGGGACUCCAGAUACUGACCUAGAAGUACAGAGAGUGGUGGGAACUUUAGUGACUCAGGACUAUCGAGUGGUGGCAACUCAGAGGAAAGAUGAGCCCAGCCCCCUUAAUCUAUCUCAUCACGUUCCUGAUCAUCAGGGGGAAGUGAGAGGGCUGGUUAGAAAUCCAGUAGAAAUGACAGAGAAAAGCCAGGCCCAUGGGCUCUAUACCCAGUCUUCCCAAGAGCUGGCAAAACAUAGACCUUUGCCCAAAGCAAUGGUGAUAGCCAAUGGCAAUUUAGUGCCCAUUGGUACUGAGCAGGGCCUGCUGUCCAUGGGAUCAGAAAUACUGGUGACAUCGAGUGUGGAUAUGCAGGUUCGAGCCACUUUCCCAAAUAAGGAGCCAACCCCUCCACCCAGCAGCACCUCCUCUCACUUGCCCUCUCACUUCAUGAAAGGUGCCAUCAUCCAGUUGGCCACAGGAGAGCUGAAGCGGGUUGAGGAUCUACAGACCCAAGACUUUGUUCGCAGUGCUGAGGUGAGUGGGGGCCUGAAGAUUGACUCUAGCACCGUGGUUGACAUUCAGGAGAGCCAGUGGCCUGGCUUUGUAAUGCUGCAUUUUGUGGUCGGGGAGCAACAGAGCAAAGUAAGCAUUGAUGUGCCCCCUGAACACCCUUUCUUUGUGUAUGGCCAGGGCUGGUCCUCCUGUAGCCCUGGGCGGACAGCACAGCUCUUCUCUCUUCCUUGCCACCGGCUACAGGUAGGAGAUGUUUGUAUCUCCAUCAGUUUACAGAGCUUGAACAAUAACUCGGUUUCUCAGGCUGGCUUCCCAUCCCCAGACCAGUUGGGUCCCUCCCAAGAGAGGCCUGAGAGGACAGUCUUGGGAUCCAGAGAGCCAUCUGACAAAGACAGGAAGAGCCAGCCUUCAGGAGAAGGGGCACCGGCCCAGAGCUCCCACACAAUGGAGCCCUCCCAGCCUGAGCCUGGUGCUCAGUCUUGCUGGCCAGCACCGGGCUUCCAAAGAUACAGUGUACAGGGGGAGGAAGCACGGGCCACUCUGCUCCGCCCCUCUUUCAUUCCACAGGAGGUGAAACUCUCCAUUGAAGGGCGUUCAAAUGCAGGAAAAUGA